AUGUCCCUCCGUCCCGGCCUGCUCGCGAGCACAUCACGCGCCGCGAUCGUCCUCGCGCGCCCGGCGCCUCGCGCGUUCUCGACCUCCCCGUUCCGCGGAGCUAAGGAGGGGACGGUGCAGAACAUUGACAAGGAGCUCAAGAACCGCGAGCGGGUUAUGGCGUCGCUGCCUCGUGGGAUUGACGUUACUGCGCACUUUGAGUCGAUUAUUCUGGAACCCAUCGUCGACCCACCAACGUGGAUUCGUCUCGCGUGGGUCCUCAAGCCCUUCCAGUACUACCAGUACGCCAAGGCGCGCGCCCAGCGCCAGAUGGGUACUGCUCAGAUGGUGAACUCACUAGUCAAGGAGGGACUGGUGCCGUGGGUCAAGACCGGCUGGUUCAGCGGCGCCGGCAAGGCGAUGGAGGGCAUCAUGCCCGAGUUUGUGGAGCGCUACGAGGCCUUCAACCGCGCUCAGGCGUCCGCCGACGCCAAGGCUCUCUCCAACCUCGCAGCUGGUCCGGCACUGAAGAAGGCUCGGGUCGUCGCGAGCAAGAUGCAGCGCGCGAACGCGUCGUGGACCACUGAGACCGUACACAAGCCCCCCAAGCUCCAGUGGGUGCGGUAUGUGCCGCUCAUGGGUGCCGAUGGCCCGAAGCUCGCCCAGGUCUGCGUUACGUUCGACACGACGCAGGCACUGACCACUGGACCAAACGGGAAGCGGGAGACGAAGAGCCAGCGCGUGCGCGAGCAUGUUGUUUUCGAGCGUUCGAACGCGCCCAACUCGCCUUGGCGUGUUAAGAGCGUGCUCGAGACGACUUGGCCCACGAUUUAG